AUGGCGUCUGUUACUCUGGCGCACGUGUUAAGUGUGAUCAUUAUAUUCGGGUCAUCGCCAGUGUCUACUGGCCGAUCGCGGAAUGGCGAUGGACACUGUAACUACCGUUUCCAGGUUUGGCAGCCUGGUGCCAAUGUGCUGGAAACUUUGAAAGAUCUGGAGUUCAAAUGCCAAAAUUCCAGUGUGCACUCUACCAGUCAGUUACUAGAGGUAAAGUCUCAGCUCUUGUCAACCUUCUCAUCACUGCAAAACGAGACCCUCAGAAUACAACGGGACCUAUCGUCACAGAUGUUCAAGGUUGUAGAUCUACAACGCAAACAGAACGGUUUCUACAGUAAACUAGAAAACAUGCGGAACGCCGUCGACAGCAUGGAGAAGAGAGUGACUCACGUUACGCGAGAUUUGAAAGGACUGAACUCAAAAGUGUUCACCAACUCCGACAGUCCUUCUCCACCUCUGAUACUGGACCAUGACAUCACGUCCACUACCAACAACAACAACAAUGAUUUAAUGGGUGUGAUAAAGACGAACAUAGGAGAUCUGAGAGCUGAAUGGCUGUUGUUGAAGCGUCAGUCACAGGACAUGAAAUCGGAGACAAUGCAGUUGAAAUACGGCCAAAACGGCAUCAAAUCGGACACGUCCAAGCUGAAGGACCUGAUAAACCGGGUCCAGUCCGACACGACCAGGAUUAAAGUCAAUCAAAAGGACAUUACUGAAAUGAACGGGGAACUUAAAACCAUGCUAGAAAACGUGAAGCUGGACUCUAUUGAAAUCAAGGACGCUCAGAGUGAGGUCCGCCUUGACGUUGUCACCAUGAAGGAAGGCUGGCUGAAACUGAAGACAAAGUGGUUCGAACUGGAAGCGGAUUUGAAUCUGCUCCGAAUGGAAAACAGGCAUCUGAGGAACGUUCUCAUGAAGUUGCUGGAAGAUGGAAACUCAACCCAAUGGGAGUCUUUACUGAUGGUGUUACGAGACAAGAUGUUACCUCUUCCUCCGGCGCAACAGCCAGCCAAUUCGCCGGAAAUCCCCCAAAAUAACGUGUUGGAAUUAGAGUCCGGCAAGAACCAGACACUUUCGGUCCCAAGAGAUUGUCACUCGUUGUACAAGAGAGGUUACGUGAUCAGUGGUGUGUACGCAAUCCAGCCGAUCGGAGCGCCUCAACUGGACAACGUUUACUGUGAGAUGAUCAACAACACCGGCUGGACCGUCAUUCAGCGACGUGGGGACGGUUUGAUCAACUUCAGUCGGCGCUGGCUUGAAUACAAGUUCGGCUUUGGAAACUUGUACGGAGAGUUUUGGCUGGGCAACGAAAAGAUCCACAUGUUGACUCGCCAAGGGGAAUAUGUUUUGCGGAUUGAUAUGUGGGAUUGGGAAGGAAAUAGGCUCUUCGCGGAAUACUCUUCCUUUUCCAUCGAUGGCGAGGGCGACAGUUAUCGCCUGCACGUGCGGGAUUACCAUGGUGAUGCGGGCGACUCUCUUAGUUACCACAGCAGCAUGGCGUUCAGCACUGAAGAUAUGGACAACGAUCUGAACGCCCGCCAUUGCGCUGUGGAUUACAAGUCCGGAUGGUGGUACAACAGUUGUUACUCCAGCAACCUGAACGGAGUGUACCGCAUGGGGUGGUACGGACAGGGCAGGUCUGGAUUUGCAGACGGAAUAGUCUGGUUCACUCUGAAGGAAUUUGAUUCUUACUCUCUCAAGGGCGUCGAAAUGAAAAUACGACCGAAGCUGUAAGGUAUCAGCUACAUGCUUACAUUGUGGCUUCCAAUAAAUGGUAUUGAUCGGGGAUUUUCGGCGAUCCUUCGGAUUGUCUGUCAAUUUUCUCAGCUUCGUAACUUGGUGAAGUGGACAUCCGAGCGGCAAAAUGUAUACGG